CACCCGAGAAGGGACAAGCCCUUGGGUACAUAAAGCUUUGCCCUAGAAACUUGUGUACACGAGUUCCUGCCGGCUGUGUCGGGGAAAGAUUUUUGUGGUUGUGUUUACUAAAGUGGUAAAAAGGCUGCGUUUGGACGGGGCAGAGCUCACAGGGGGUCUUUUCGGACGCGCCGUUCGAUUUUUGAUUUUCCCUGCGGGAUCCGGAGAACGGGAGCGCCAAGGAAAGGGGGGGGACAACCCACAGGGGGUGUUUCCUCCCUUCCCUCACCUUCCGAGCAACGAGGAGAGGAGGGAGGAGCUGGGCACCUUGCCUAACCCAGCCGUGUGCCGUGCCCAGGCCGGUAGCCACCACGCCAUGGCGGCUUGAGCCGGCGCGGCAGCCGCCCUUGGCCAUGGAUCGGGGCUCCAGGGCCAGCGGGGCCAGCAUGAGAUACAGCGCCCAAGGGCAGGACAUGAACAAUCUGGAGGAAGGGGUGGAGUUCCUCCCUGCCAUGAACUCCAAGAAGAUGGAGAAGCAUGGCCCGAAGCGGCGGGUGGUGGUCGCUGUCGUGAUCGUUGUUUUCCUGCUCCUCUCCCUCGUCACCGGCCUCCUGGUUUGGCACUUCAAAUACAGGAACGCGCCCGUCCGGAAGAUUUUCAAUGGCCACUUGAGGGUUCUCAACUGGGAUUUCAUCGACGCUUAUGAGAACUCCAACUCUGCAGACUUCAUCAUGCUGGCCAAGAAGGUGAAGAGCACGGUGGAGGAGAUCUACAAGAACCAUCCAGAUAUCGGCCCGUAUCACAAGGAGACAGCGAUCACUGCGUUCAGCGAAGGCAGCGUCAUCGCCUACUACUGGUCGGAGUUUGUUGUCCCCAAGUACCGGGAGGAGAGCCUGGACAGGGCCAUGGCAGACAAGCAGAGCCUGGUCCAGAGGUUGAACCCCCGCCUUCGAAACCCCAUGCUGAAGGUGGAGUCGGUCGUCGCUUUCCCUGCCGACCCCAGCAUCGCAUACUCCACUCGGAACCAGAGCUGCAUGUUUGCCCUCCACGCCAAGGAAGGGGAGGUCACCAGUUUCACCACGCCGGGCUUCCCCAACAGCCCCUACCCCAACAACGCCCUCUGCUACUGGGCCCUGAGGGCAGAUGCUGGCUCUGUCAUCAGCCUGACCUUCAAGACUCUGGAGCUGGAGCAGUGCACGGACGACGGCGACUACAUCAAGGUGUACGACUCGCUGAGCCCCGUGGAGCCCCACACUUUGGACAGGCUCUGUGGGAAUUACGCCCCUUCCUACAACCUCACCUUCAUCUCCUCCCAGAACGUCAUGCUGGUCACGUUGGUUACCAACAAGGAGGGGAGAUUCCCCGGCUUUAAGGCUGAGUUCUUCCAGCUCCCCAAGAUGAAAGUCUGUGGUGGGACUCUGAGAGGAGAGAGUGGCACCUUCACGACUCCCUAUUACCCGGCGCACUACCCUCCGGCCAUGGACUGCGUCUGGAACAUCGAGGUUCCCCCCAAAAAGAACGUGAAGGUGCGUUUCAACAUGUUCUUUGUGCUGGAACCCGGCACCCCCGUGAGCACCUGCAGCAAGGACUACGUGCAGAUCAACGGCUCCAAGUACUGUGGGGAGCGUUCCCAGUUUGUGGUGGCCAGCACCACCAACAGAAUAGAGGUCCAGUUCCACUCUGACCAUUCCCACACGGACAGUGGCUUCUCUGCUGAGUUCCUGUCCUACGACUCCAGCGACCCCUGCCCUGGCAAGUUCACCUGCAACACCGGGCGCUGCAUCGACCGCAGCAUGCGCUGCGACGGGUGGCUGGACUGCGUGGACGGCAGCGAUGAGAGAUCCUGCACCUGCACUGAGCAGCAGUUCAAGUGCCAGAAUGGUUGGUGCAAGCCCAAGUUCUGGGUGUGUGACAACGUCAACGACUGCGGGGACAACAGCGACGAGCUGCAGUGCAGCUGCGCCGCCGACAGCUUCAAGUGCAGCAACGGGAAGUGCGUCCCCGAGGCCCGGAAAUGUGACGGGAAGGACGACUGCGGGGACGGGAGCGACGAGGGCAGCUGCAGCAACGUGCCCGCAGCCGUCCCCUGCAAGGACCACACCUACAAGUGCCGCAACGGGCGCUGCAUCGGGAAACAGAACCCGGAGUGCGACGGGGAGCGGGACUGCGAGGACAACUCCGACGAGGACAACUGCAACUGCGGGACACGCUCCUACACCAGGAAGUCACGGAUCGUGGGGGGCCAGGACUCGGAGGUGGGAGAGUGGCCCUGGCAAGUCAGUCUCCACGUCAAGGGCCAGGGCCACAUCUGUGGGGCCUCCCUGGUGUCCGAGACCUGGCUGGUGUCUGCUGCCCACUGCUUCCUGCAGCUGCAGGGCAUCAGGUACUCGGAUGCCAACCUGUGGACAGCCUACCUGGGCCUGACCGACCAAGGCAACCGCAACGACCCCAAGGUGCAGACGCGGAGGAUCAAGCGCAUCAUCUCCCACCCCUACUUCAACGACUACACCUACGACUACGACAUCGCCGUGCUGGAGCUGCAGAGCCCCGUCACCUUCUCCUCCGUCGUCCAACCCAUCUGCCUGCCCGACCCCACCCACAGCUUCCCUGUGGGCAAGGACCUGUGGGUCACGGGGUGGGGAGCCACCGCUGAAGGAGGCAGCGAAGCCUCCGUCCUGCAGAAGGCAGAGAUCCGGCUCAUCAACCAGACGGUGUGUAACCAGCUGCUGACAGACCAGCUCACCCCCCGCAUGAUGUGUGUGGGCGUCCUCACGGGCGGCGUGGACGCCUGCCAGGGAGACUCUGGAGGUCCCCUGGUGAGCGUGGAGCCCAGCAGCCGCAUGUUCCUGGCCGGGGUGGUGAGUUGGGGCGAGGGCUGCGCCCAGAGGAACAAACCCGGGGUCUACACCCGCCUCACCAGCCUGAGGGACUGGAUCCUGGAGCAGACAGGGCUCUGAGAGGGGACACGGGGACACAACACCCUCCAGCUGGGACACUUCGGUGGUGUCACAGCUUCUACUGUGAACUUCAACCCUCCCUCUACCUCGCCAGCGCCCGGGACUCUGGGGGUCACCACCACCACCGACAGUCGGAGCCCAGGGUUUGGGUUAGGAAUUGGAAUUCCCAACUUAGGAAUCAGCUCCCGGGAUGGAGCAGUCAGUCAAGGUAGAUUUUAUAUAUAUCUAAAUAGUAAACUUAGAAAAUUUUUAAAAAAAAAAGGAGACAAACACUUUGUGUUUCAGAGGCGAACGUUAUCGGACGGGUUCAAAACCAAACCUUUAGGAUAUAUUUUCUCUCCUUCGUUUGUUUUCAAACUGCCACCUGCACCCCCGUGUCUGCUGCUCGGUCCUGGGGGGAGGAGGAGAAGUUCUUACCAUGGUUUGGGGGGGGAUCUGCUGAGGGAUCCCUCCCGGGGUGGUGUCCCACGCCGUGGUCUUCCUCCUUGGGCUGAACUUGUCUCCUGGUCACGCCGAGUGGUUGAAGGAGACAUUUGGCUCACUCACCCCCAGGGAAAAGGGUGUCCACCUUGGAGACCUGGGCCCUUGGCAUCACCACAUGGUGCCUUCAACACUACAUGGGGUUCUCCAGCUGCAGGAGGGUUGUGCUGUGACAUCCUCUUCCUCCCGGGGUGGUGUCCCACGCCGUGGUCUUCCUCCUUGGGCUGAACUUGUCUCCUGGUCACGCCGAGUGGUUGAAGGAGACAUUUGGCUCACUCACCCCCAGGGAAAAGGGUGUCCACCUUGGAGACCUGGGCCCUUGGCAUCACCACAUGGUGCCUUCAACACUACAUGGGGUUCUCCAGCUGCAGGAGGGUUGUGCUGUGACAUCCUCUUCCUCCCGGGGUGGUGUCCCACGCCGUGGUCUUCCUCCUUGGGCUGAACUUGUCUCCUGGUCACGCCAAGUGGUUGAAGGAGACAUUUGGCUCGCUCACCCCCAGGGAAACGGGUGUCCACCUUGGAGAUCUGGGCCCUUGGCAUCACCACACGGUGCCUUCAACACUACAUGGGGGUUCUCCUGAGCUCCAGCUGUGGGAGGGUUUGUGCUGUGACAUCCUCUUCCUCGGCAGGGUGGCAUUGACCCCCACCCCAGAGCACACCACCACCACCACCACAAACACACCAGCCUUAAACCUUUCUUAUUUUUGUAAAGAAAAAAGGAAACGACGUGACUUGUGAAUGUGCUGAUUUGAUUAUUAUUUUUUUUUUGUCCUAUGUAGCCCCUUCCUUGUCCCCCAGGAGCCCUUUGAGUUCAGUUAUCCCCUUUCCCUGCCUGUAAAUAAAUUGUUUUGUAAAACUCUAUAUGAAGUGGAAACGCUCUAAAUAAACUGAAAUAUUUUCUAAUA